GAGAAGGAUGUGACGGUGACCCGUCCCUUCCCUUUGCCUCUCCCUCUUCAACUCCCCUUUGCCAAGAAGCCACCACGGCACCAGACGCACAACCGAAGAACGAACAAAGCCAACCAACCCCUCACUCACUGAAACUCCUCAAGUCCCCCGUUCCUCUGCUCGCUCUGCUACUGCUAGCCCUUCCUUGUCGUCGAGUUAGCCGGCCGGCAUGGCGUCCAGCGCCUCCCGGUUCAUCAAGUGCGUCACGGUCGGCGACGGCGCCGUCGGCAAGACCUGCAUGCUCAUCUGCUACACCAGCAACAAGUUCCCCACUGACUACGUACCAACCGUGUUCGACAAUUUCAGCGCAAACGUGGUGGUGGACGGCACCACCGUGAACCUGGGCCUCUGGGACACUGCAGGGCAGGAGGAUUACAACAGAUUGCGACCGCUGAGCUACCGGGGAGCCGACGUCUUCGUGCUCGCCUUCUCGCUCGUCAGCCGCGCCAGCUAUGAGAAUAUCAUGAAGAAGUGGCUACCGGAGCUUCAGCACCAUGCACCCAGCGUGCCGAUAGUGUUGGUUGGUACAAAAUAUGAUCUCCGUGAAGACAAACAAUACUUACUUGACCAUCCUGGCGUGGUGCCUGUUACUACAGCUCAGGGGGAGGAACUCCGCAAGCACAUCGGCGCAACCUGUUACGUCGAAUGCAGCUCAAAGACACAGCAGAAUGUCAAAGCUGUGUUUGAUGCUGCCAUCAAGGUAGUGAUCAAGCCUCCAACAAAGCAGAGGGAAAGGAAGAAGAAGAAGGCACGGCAAGGAUGUGCAUCAUUGGGUGCCCUGUCCAGAAGGAAACUGGCGUGCUUCAAGUGAUCAAAGGUGUUCCAUGGUGAUCAGGGAGUUAUUUGAGCAAGGCGAAAGCGGCACCUUGUGUAGUUCUUUAUCUCGUGUUUUGCACUUUUCAGUGUGUAUAUCUCAUGUUUUGUAAUCGGCCAAUCAACUACUAGAGCUAGAUUACUAUGGUGCAUUGGUGCUUGAAACAAAUUAGGAAUGUUUUGGUACAGCUUGAGCAAUGCCAUCUUCCUUUCA